GUUUUCUAAAACUUUUCCCGCUUACACAGUAUUUUCAUAUACUCUCGCCCUGGUUUUAUAGUUCUUAGAUUCCACUAUCCAAUCUAAAAGAACGUUCUUUUGUUACCAAACGGAUUCCGUAUACCAAAGCAACAUAUUUGCGCAUCAACCCUGGCCAUAGGAAGGCGAAAUUCGGUGCUUUUCCGAUCUGAGCUCACACAAAAGAAAAACAACAACACGAAGCAGCCAUUUCCGACCUCACCGGUUCGAUCGCCGCGCCACUCCCCAUCACACUCCAGUGCAGUCUCUCUAAUCACCACUUUUGUUCUAAUUCGCUUUCCCUUCGUUUUUCCCCUUUUUUCUUUUUGUUUUCUGUUUCAAAAGUGGUUCACCGUCGUCUGUUUUUGCGCCUCCGUUUUAACCUUCUCGUAUUCACAUUUCUUUGCCUCCGGAGAAGCAGCGUUAGUGUUUUAUUAUUAUUAUUAUUAUUAUUAAUAUAUUUUCUUUCUUCCUUUGGCACCGUAGCAGCGGUGGAGUUUCGACUUGCUCUUUGGGGGUAGGUUCACGGAGACAAUACCAUUUGUGUAGGAAUCUCAUCUUUCGUUCUCACUAUUAAAUAUAUUCUUUUGUCGAACAAGCGCCUGUACCGCGAUACGACCUCCAGACAUUCUUGUCGUCUUGUUUAUCCUUCUACUAUAUGUGUUUUUCCCCUUCUCUCGUGCCGUUCUGACCACCAACCCUUUGCCAGUGCUCUUCUCUGAGAAGCAAGGUCACAAAAGACUCUACAUACAGCUACCCCCACACGUACACGAACGCGCACACACACACACACUUACGUGACAAGGUGACGCAUCUCCCCUAUCGUGGAACCGCGGCCUUUGCUUCUUCUUCGUUGUCUUUUCUUUUCAUUCUUGGCAGAAAGUGUGUUGUCUGCUGUCCAGACCGAGUUGUCAGGACAGUGUCGCCGGGCUCAAAUCGCAUCGCUUCAGCUUUAAGGGUCGUCUCACGCAGGUGCCGCAUUGUAUCCGCGCGCGAAGCGAAAUCGGCGGUAAUACGUAAUUAGGAUCAGCCGUUCUUUUAGUUUUUCAUUUUUUUCUCAAAAAUUUUUGCUGACAACCGGUUGACAGCAGGGAAGGUGUCGUAUACGUGAGCCAUCACACGUCUCAACGGGUACCCGUCAUUCAACCCCAUCAAAAAAAAAACCCGCAAGAAGGAAGGAAGGAAGAGAUAGAAGGUAUAUAAAGACUGCAGCAGUAAUAACUCUUAGAAGCUCGACUCGUCGGCGUACACCGUUCACCGACAUCGCACACUCACAAAAGAAAAGAAUCGUUUAAAAGGAACAGUAACCGCACAAGCAACAGGAUGACUAGCCUCCAGAACUUGUUUGUGGCGAAGUUGCCACGCAACCUGACCGAUAGCGAUCUUGAACAAAUAUUUGUCGACUACCACCCUAGCAGCGCCAAGGUAAUGCUCGAUGCCACUACCGGCAAGAGUAAAGGUUUCGGCUUCGUCCUCUUCGAGUCAGAAGACGAUGGGCGCAAGGCCUACGAGAAACUGAACAAGACGCACGUCACGCUGCACGGGCACAACUUCAACCUCUGCAUCUUCCCGUCGAAGCACGAUGGCAAGGUCGCCACGGAGGAGAGCAACGCCCUCUACGUGCGCAACAUCCCUUUGAAGCUGUCGCAGAUGGAGGUGGAGCAGUUCCUGCGCGGCUUUGGUCCGCUGACGUACUGCGCGAUGCGCGAGGACCACUUCGGCGGCAGCGUGUGGGUCGUCUAUGCGGAGUUCGACACCGUAGAGUCGGCAAAGAGCGCCUUGAACAGCCUGCACGGCAACCGCACCUACUUCAACAACGCGGUCGCGAUUCUCGCCAAGUAUGCCGACUCCGAGGAGGCGAAGCGCGAGCGUCGGCGUCGCCGCGAGCAGCAGCACGAGGAAUCGACGCUGGCCUCCGUCGCACCGCCACCACCGGUCAACGGCCGCUCCGCCAGCAGUGUUAGCUCGCCCAACUCCCCGCUGCGCCGCAACGGCAACGGCCUGACGCAGUCCUUCUCCGCCUCGGAGAUGCACAUGGAGGGCCCGGGGUCUUCUAUCCACCCGCCCGCCUUCGCGAGCAUCUCGCACCACUUCGCGCCGGGCCGACCGGGCGUGAUGCCGCCACCGCCUGCGAUGAAUCCGCAAAGCGCGCCGCCAGCGCCACCGCCGCCGAUGCAGUCCUCGCAACUCUCGCAGGCCCCGCCGCCGCCUUUCCAGCCGCAGCCGCCACCGCCGCCGCAGCCUCCGACGCCCAACUCGAUCGGCUCUUUCCUCAACGUCACCUUCAACCCGGGUGGCGGCAACUCCUUCCCGCAUUUCGGUGUCGACCAGACGCCUAGUCGCGGCAGCCCCGGCACGCCGCUUAACUUUAGCUUUGGCCAUGACGGCGACUCGAGCUGCUGCGGCGGCGUGCCGGAUGCCGGUGGUCACACACCCCGAACUCCGGUCCGCGCCAACAGCAGCCUCAGCAUCGGCAGCGGCUACCGCCACAACCCGUACGCACCCGUCACUCCGGUCUCCUCCGGGCACAACUCGACGGGCCCGAGCACGCCCGUGGUGGCCUCCCUACAGCAUCCAGGGUCGCCCAGCUCGAACACGCACUUCAGUGCUGCCCACCACCUGCAGGGCCCGCCGGCGGGUAAUGCGUCGGCGCAGCAGGCCCCUGGCUUUGUGAACAGCCACUUCGCCAGCAGAGGCAACAACUCUUUCCUCGCCGCGCCCGGAGGUCCGAAUGACGCGUCAUGA